AUGUUCUUUGUCUUGGAAAGAACUGGAAAAUUACCUGUCCCCACACUGUCAAGAAUUGCCGUAUUUUUCGUUUCUUCAACAGUACAAAUUCAAGUGGAGGAAAAAGAAGAUGACACCGAGGAAAGCUCAAGCGAAGAGGAAGAGGAGGAGGAAGAUAAAUUACCUCGAAGAGAGAGCUUGAGACCAAAGAGGAAACGAAAAAGAGAUGUUAUCCAUGAGGAUGACCCAGAACCUGAACCAGAGGAUGAAGAAACAAGGAAGGCCAGAGAGAAGGAGAGAAGGAGGAGGCUGAAGAGGGGGGCGGAAGAAGAAGAAGAAAUUGAUGAGGAGGAAUUGGAAAGACUGAAGGCAGAGUUAGAUGAGAAAAGACAAAUGAUUGCUACUGUCAAAUGCAAGCCUUGGAAAAUGGAGAAGAAAAUUGAAGUUCUCAAGGAAGCAAAAAAAUUUGUGAGUGAAAAUGAAGGAGCCCUUGGGAAAGGAAAAGGAAAGCGGUGGUUUGCAUUUAAGAUGAUGAUGGCUAAGAAAUGGGCGAAAUUUCUUCGUGAUUUUGAAAACUUCAAAGCUGCUUGUGUCCCGUGGGAAAACAAAAUCAAAGCAAUUGAAAGUCAGUUUGGCUCAUCGGUGGCCUCAUACUUCCUCUUCUUGAGAUGGAUGUAUGGAGUAAAUAUGGUUCUCUUUAUCUUGACAUUCAGCCUCAUCAUGUUGCCAGAGUACCUCUGGGGUUUGCCAUAUGGCAGUUUACCUAGGAAAACAGUUCCCAGAGCUGAAGAGGCAUCUGCGGCAAACUUCGGUGUGUUGUACGACUUCAACGGCUUGGCGCAAUAUUCCAUCCUCUUUUAUGGCUAUUAUGACAAUAAACGAACAAUUGGAUGGAUGAAUUUCAGGCUGCCACUCUCCUAUUUUCUGGUGGGGAUCAUGAGCAUUGGAUACAGCUUUCUGGUUGUCCUUAAAGCGAUGACCAAAAAUAUCGGGGACGAUGGGGGUGGUGAUGACAACACCUUCAACUUCAGCUGGAAGGUAUUCACCAGCUGGGACUACCUGAUUGGCAAUCCAGAAACAGCAGACAACAAAUUCAAUUCCAUCACCAUGAACUUUAAGGAAGCUAUCAUAGAGGAGAGAGCAGCCCAAGUAGAAGAAAAUGUCCACUUGAUCAGAUUCCUGAGGUUUCUUGCUAACUUCUUCGUGUUUCUAACACUUGGAGGGAGUGGAUACCUCAUCUUUUGGGCUGUGAAGCGAUCCCAGGAAUUUGCACAGCAAGAUCCUGACACCCUUGGGUGGUGGGAAAAGAAUGAAAUGAACAUGGUCAUGUCCCUCCUGGGGAUGUUCUGUCCAACCCUGUUUGACUUAUUUGCUGAACUGGAAGACUACCAUCCUCUAAUUGCUCUGAAAUGGCUACUGGGACGCAUUUUUGCUCUACUUUUAGGCAAUUUGUACGUAUUUAUUCUUGCCUUGAUGGAUGAGAUUAACAACAAGAUUGAAGAAGAGAAGCUGGUAAAGGCCAAUAUUACCCUCUGGGAAGCCAACAUGAUCAAGGCCUAUAAUGCAUCACUCUCUGGAAAUAGCACUGGACCACCUUUUUUCGUGCACCCUGCAGAUGUACCUCGAGGACCCUGCUGGGAAACAAUGGUGGGACAGGAAUUUGUGCGGCUGACCGUUUCUGAUGUUCUGACCACUUAUGUCACAAUCCUCGUUGGGGACUUUCUCAGGGCAUGUUUUGUGAGGUUUUGCAAUUACUGUUGGUGCUGGGAUUUGGAAUAUGGAUAUCCUUCAUACACUGAAUUUGACAUCAGCGGCAAUGUCCUCGCUCUGAUCUUCAACCAAGGCAUGAUCUGGAUGGGCUCCUUCUUCGCCCCCAGCCUCCCAGGCAUCAAUAUCCUUCGACUCCACACAUCCAUGUACUUCCAGUGCUGGGCCGUGAUGUGUUGCAACGUUCCCGAGGCCAGGGUCUUCAAAGCUUCCAGAUCGAAUAAUUUCUACCUGGGCAUGCUAUUGCUCAUUCUCUUCCUGUCCACCAUGCCUGUCCUGUACAUGAUCGUAUCCCUCCCGCCAUCUUUUGAUUGUGGCCCCUUCAGUGGCAAAAAUAGGAUGUUCGAAGUCAUUGGAGAAACACUGGAGCAUGAUUUCCCAAGCUGGAUGGCAAAGAUCUUGAGACAGCUCUCUAACCCCGGACUGGUUAUCGCUGUCGUUUUGGUUAUGGCUUUGACCAUCUAUUAUCUCAAUGCUACUGCCAAGGGCCAGAAGGCAGCAAAUCUGGAUCUAAAGAAGAAGAUGAAACAGCAAGCUUUGGAGAACAAAAUGCGCAACAAGAAAAUGGCAGCUGCCCGAGCAGAGAGCUGGCAAAAAUAUUUCCAUAGUACUUACUACAUGAACAAGCAUCUGAAACGGCUUAGUUGGAAUCGAAAGCUCUCUGAGAAGUCUCUCCAGACCUUCUCGGUCCGCUUUACUAACCUCGUCUUCCCUGAGGGAAUCCUGGAGGAAAUUAAGUCUCUGGAGAUGUGUUCCCCACCACCUCCAACCGAAGAAGGCAUGGAGCUCCAGGGGGGCUUGGAUAGAGCUCUCCUCCAAAGGGUCCUGUGUCCCUUCAGUCCACCAGAGUAUUAA